AUGGUUCACUGUGCCGGCUGCGAAAGACCUAUUCUGGACAGGUUUCUACUCAAUGUUCUGGACAGACCAUGGCACAUUAAGUGCGUACAGUGCUGUGACUGUAAAUGCAAUUUGACAGAAAAAUGUUUUUCACGGGAAGGGAGACUGUACUGCAAAAACGACUUUUUUAGGUAAGCACACCUGGGCACAUGGCUUUCAAUAUUGUGCGGAAGAGCUUUUGCUUCUACUGGGUAUUCAAUUAAGCAGAACUAUGCAAAUGAACAACAGAUGAUGUGAAAUGCAAGUUUUAUAAUUACAAAAUUAUAUUGCAAGAUUGUUUUUUUGCAACAGGGGUAUAUGCCUAGUGUCAAUCUUGUUUAAUCUAUUCUCAUGAGCGACAUAAAUUGAACAAACCAGAGGCAGGAUACCCAGAUUAUGAGUGGUGAUCCACCAAAAGCUGAUACAUUAUAAGCAUAUAUCACCAUGUUCUGUGACGGAUUAAAGAAAAGCGUCCUUUGUUUACAAGGAAAGGCUGUCAGACAAGCCGCAGGGAUGAGAAUUAUGCCAGGAUUCUUGACGGAAGUGUAUCCCGCGUUCAAUCAGUCGGCGCACACCCGUUUGUAUGCUGAGAUUCCAGUGAAAAUGUGAUAAGUGGAUUUGAAUAAUAAAUCAUCUUGAGAAAACCCACACUGCAAUCACAGACCUCCAGUCCACACGCGUUUGUUAACUAUUUAAAUACACAUCUAUUUACAUAAAUAUAGGCUUCAUUGCAACAUUGAACAGUUAACUGUGGCUUUGUUAUUUUCGAGCAUUAAAUAGGAUGUAUUUCAAUAAUGGACAGUUUUUUUGAAUGCAUGUUUGACUUAUCUCCAGUCUAUAGCCUAAUAAUAAACGGCGUGGCCUUUCUUGAAUUAUAGUUUUAGGUAGAACUAAUAAUAGUUCUACAACACGUAGGCCUAGGCAUAAAUAUAAGAUAAAUAUAUAUUUAUUUAUAAACAAUUUAUUUAGCCUAAAAACGUAAUAUCUUAUAUUCAUGGUUGUUAAAUAACUUAACUGUAUGAAAUAGGCCCACGUAAAAUUAAUAUAGUGGCCGGGAAGCUACUGCAGGCUCAACAUCAGUGUAGCCUGUAAUUUCCGGAUUCAAAAGCAAACUUGAAAAGAAAAGGCAUACGAAAUUGAUAUAUAGUUAUAUUCACUCAUCAAAAAUAUAGUAAGCAUCAAAAUACUGAAAAUAAAAUAGUUUGCGUCAUGAAAAACGCAUAUCCCUUCGUGUAAAUCUAUAAUGUUGCCAGUAAUGUUGUCAUGUUAUUGGUAAUCUGAUGUGAAUAUUUUGUGUGGCUAUUUGCUGCUGCUUUGUUUAAUCAAUGAUGGUAUUUCUUUUUUUGCUUUCUUUCUUUUAGGAGAUUUGGCACAAAGUGUGGAGGUUGCGCCCAGGGAAUCUCGCCCAACGAUUUGGUUCGAAGAGCAAAGAGCAAAGUGUUUCACCUGAACUGUUUCACGUGCAUGAUGUGUAACAAACAGCUAUCCACUGGAGAGGAAAUGUACAUUCUAGAUGAAUUUAAGUUUGUUUGUAAAGAGGACUAUCUAAGCAACAGCAACGGAAAGGACACAACCCUCCUCUCAGGUAUGGAACAUGACUUGAACCAAAUCACAAUUUUCAGCCGUAAAGCGUUUAUAUAUGUAUAUAUUCCAUAUAAUUAUAUAGCCUCUUGUAAAUCAUUACUUUCGUCUUUUUGCUAUUGCUUUAUAUUCCAUUCAUAAAAAAUACAUUUUUUGGGGGCGAAAAUAAUUUUGAUAACAGUAUCCUGAUAGGCUUAAUAACAGUAAAAUUCUAAACAAUGACGUUGAUGACGAUGAAACAUCUCAAAUCUCAAAUAUUAUUAUAAUGAUUAUCAUUUAUUGUUCAUUCAUGUUACCAUCACCAAUAAUAAUAUGACAAAAAUUAGUUGGCUAAUAUGUCUAAUGCAUAAUACUAAUAAUAACAAUAUUAAUAGGCCUAAUAAUAGCCUAAUAAUACCCUAAUUAUAUGGUAUUCUUGUCAUUUAUUUUUUGUAUAUUUGUUAAUGAAUAGGCUAUAAAGACAUACGAAUACAUUUAAAGUCAUUUCAUUUCGUGUUUCUUUCAUCUCACAGUCAGGACUUGCAGUGACCCAAGUCUAUCUCCAGAUUCCCAAGACCCACAGGAUGAUGGUAAAGAUUCGGAAAUCGGGCAUUUAUCCGAUAAAGAGGUGGGCAGCAAUGAAAACGAUGAGCAGAACGUAGGGGGGAAACGACGUGGGCCGCGAACCACUAUCAAAGCCAAGCAACUUGAGGUCCUCAAAGCUGCUUUCACGGCCACGCCAAAACCCACAAGACACAUUCGAGAACAGCUGGCCCAGGAGACAGGUCUCAACAUGAGAGUGAUCCAGGUAGGAGUCCAUUUCCCUUUAGCCUGUAUCGCAUGAACAAUCACAAAGAUGCCUAUUUUCAGUAUUCUUAUACGGGCCUGUGAGAAAGUAUUUUCAUUUCAAUGGCACCUAGGUCAAUAAUGGCAGGUGGCAAGAUAUGCAGAUUGCUUACCACGAAAGUGGUGCAGAUGCACAUAUUGUCAUGACUUCACAACGUUUUCCCCCCAUGAACUCUAGGGUAUCUAUAGCCUAUACAUAUCAAAGCAAAGGUCUUUGUUUUCUCAUUUGGAAAUUAGCCUAUUCAUUAGCAUUGGGCGAUAUGUUGGACUAUUAGCUGGUCUUAAGUCCCUGGUAUUCACGAAACAUACGAUAAACUGUGUUAAAGAUCAUUAAACAGUUGACAGUUGAGCCAAGGACCCAUUUAGAGGUAUAGGCCUAUAGGCUAAUCACGUCGUCAUGGUUAUUAAAAGGGCAUCUCACAACAUGUCAUCAGACCUGGGACCUCGAGAAGCUGCACACAUUUUUAAUGCACAAAAUAAAUAUUUGGCUGGCGUUGAAAACUCAAUUUCAAUCAGCUCUUUCCAUGUAAUUUGUGUUGUGCAGGUUUGGUUCCAAAACCGGCGGUCUAAAGAGCGGCGCAUGAAGCAGCUGAGUGCACUGGGGGCGAGAAGGCACUCGUUCUUCCGCAGUCCAAGGAGAAUGAGAACUCUGGUGGACCGACUCGAACCCGGGGAGCUGAUUCCCAACGGUCAUUUCUCAUACUAUGGAGGUAAGGUAUUUUAUAUUCACCAUGGUCCACCCAAAUAACACAUUUGUGUUUAAAGAUCAUCAGAAAUGCAUUUUGACUAUGAGAGCCAUGCACAGGCCUUUACCUUAUUUAGAUUCCUAAUAUCACUCAUAAUUCACAGGUGUUUUAAUGUAUUUUAAAAAACAAUUGGGCAAUAGGUCUAUGCUUAAUGUAUGAAUUACAUUUAAACAUUCUUGGGGUGAAAAAAAUAAGGGAAAAUAAUUGGCAAUAGUUGUCAUUGUUUUAAGUCUAAUUACAAUAUUGUCAUCCUCCAAAUCACUAUUAUGGGAAAUUAACCCUUUAUACUACUGGAAAUGUAAUAGUUGUACUUUUUUUUGUAAUUUAAAUGGCAUUCCUAUAGUUGCAUUUUACCAGUACAGUACAUAUUGUUAUUGUUUUUAUUUUCACCACACAAGCAUUUCCCAUAAUAAUUCUGGUGUAUAUGUUUGUAGAUUAUCAGAGUGAAUACUAUGGACCUGGAGGACAUUUUGAGUACUACACCCAAGGCCCCCCAUUGUUGCAGGCCCAGACUCCAGUGGACCUAGGCUUCUCCUCUGGCCCCGCUGGCACCCCUUUAGGGGGCAUGGACCAUCACCUAGCUGGGCACCACCCAUGUGGCGAGGUGCAGUGCUUCACUGACAUCAUAUCUCACCAUCCAGCGGACUCGCCUAGCCCAGAACCCAACGGACCUGGGUCAAUGCACAGCAUCUCAAGUGAGAUGUGUGGCGUCAGCACACCCUUCACCUCACUGUCCCUCAACGGCAGUGGAUACAGCAACCAAUUGUCACACCCCUCCUCAGAGAUGAGCGAAGGCACUGUCUGGUAG